UUCAGUUAGUCUCUCCAGACUCAGGGUUUAAAAAUGAAGUUCCUUUUACCACUGACCUUUCUGGUUUUUAUUAGUUCUCUGGGUUGGGCAAAAGAUAGGCACUACUAUAUAGCAAUUAAAGAAACUACAUGGAACUAUGCUCCGACUGGUAAAAAUAUGCUGAAUGGGAGGCCUAUAUCAGAAGAUGAAGAGUCCCAGAUAUAUCUACAACGUGGCCCAGAUAGAAUAGGACGUGUUUAUAAAAAGGCUUUGUAUUUUCAGUAUACUGAUGGUACAUUUCAAAAGAUCAUUAAAAAACCAUCAUGGUUGGGAUUUUUAGGUCCGAUAAUUAAAGCAGAGACUGGAGACUAUGUUUAUGUACAUGUAAAAAAUUUUGCUUCAAGAAUGUAUAGUUUCCAUCCUCAUGGAUUAACCUACACUAAAGAAAAUGAAGGUGCUCUCUAUCCUGAUAAUACUACCAGCUUGCAAAAGGAGGAUGACCAUGUGGAGCCAGGGAGCCGGUAUACUUACAGGUGGUUUGUACAGGAAAGGCAGGGGCCUGGCCCCAAUGACAGUAACUGCGUAACAAGGAUAUACCACUCCCAUGUAGACACUCCCAGAGAUGUGGCUUCAGGACUUAUUGGACCAAUUCUGACUUGUAAAAGAGGCACACUGGAUGGAGACACUGAAAAAUAUAUCGACAAGUUUUAUGUCCUGAUGUUCUCUCAAACUAAUGAAAACAAGAGUUGGUAUAUCGAUGACAAUAUUAAUACAUAUACUGAAUCUGGCCAAGUUAAUGCUACUGAUCAAAGCUUCGAAAACAGCAAUACUAUGGCCUCAAUUAAUGGAUACAUGUAUGGAAAUCUACCCAAUCUCACCAUGUGUGCAGAGGACAAGGUCAAGUGGUAUUUUAUUGGCAUGGGUGACCUGUUCGAUAUACACCCCAUCUAUCUCCAUGGACAAACUCUGCUAUCUCGAAAUCACAGGAAGGACACCAUUACGGUCUUCCCUGCCUCAUUGGAAGAUGCCUUCAUGGUGGCAAAGGGCCCUGGAGAGUGGAUACUGGGCUGUCCGAUAUAUGAGAGUAUGAAGGCUUUUUUCAAUGUAAGCAAUUGCCAAAAAUCUUCAGCAGAGGAACAGGAGACCCGUAUUAUACAUUACUAUAUUGCUGCUGAGAAAACAUUAUGGAACUAUGCUCCAUCUGGUAUAGAUUUCUUCACUGGAAAACCUUUAACAGCAGCUGGAUGUAAAUCUCAGAUAUAUUUUGAACAAGGCCCAACAAGAAUUGGAGGAACUUACCAAAAGCUAGUUUAUCGUGAAUACACAGAUUCUUCCUUCCAAACACAGAAGGCAAGAGAAGAACAUCUUGGAAUCCUUGGUCCUGUCAUUAAGGCAGAGGUAGGAGAUACCCUCAAGGUCACUUUCUAUAAUAAUGGUCCUCUGCCGCUCAGCAUUCAGCCUCAUGGACUGCUUUACAGCAAAGGCAAUGAGGGCUCGUACUACAAAACACCUGGAGGAAGUAUCCCUCCAGCCUCCUCACAUGUAAAUCCUGGCACAACAUUUGUCUAUACCUGGCAAGUUCCAAGAGAUGUGGGUCCUACCUCCACGGAUCCCAACUGCCUGACCUGGUUAUACUACUCCUCAGUAUAUGGGAAAAAAGACACCAACAGCGGUCUUGUAGGGCCUCUCCUGGUGUGCAGAGAGGGAAGCCUUGGAAAGGAUGGCAAACAGAAGGGAAUAGACAAAGAGUUUUACCUACUUGCUACAGUAUUUGAUGAAAAUGAAAGUCAUCUCCUGGAUGAAAAUAUUAGAACAUUUACCACAGAACCUGAAAAUGUGGAUAAAGAGGAUCAAAGUUUCCAAGAUUCUAACUUAAUGUACUCCAUAAAUGGAUACAUGUAUGGAAAUCUGCCAGGACUGGAUAUGUGCAUAGGAGACAACAUUUCAUGGCACAUUCUUAGUGUGGGAUCACAGAAGGACUUACAUGGGAUAUACUUUUCAGGAAAUACCUUCAUUUCCGCAGGAGAAAGGGGGGACACUAUGGCCCUGUUCCCCCACACUUCCGAGACACUUUUAAUGACACCUGAUUCCACAGGAAUUUUUGAUGUGGUUUGUCUGACUUCACAGCAUUAUCAAGGAGGCAUGAAACAUAAAUACAAAGUGAGGCAGUGUUCAGAGCAAUACCCUCAUCAAACGCAGUACCAAAAGGAGAAAAUUUUUUAUAUUGCAGCUGAGGAAGUUGUGUGGGAUUAUUCUCCUAGCAGGACAUGGGAAAGAGAACUGCACCAUUUACAAAGAACGGAGAAUGAAACAAACAUAUAUUUGGAUAAAAUUGGGACAUUUCUUGGGUCCAAAUAUAAGAAAGUUGUAUACCGUCAAUACGAUGAUAUCACAUUCACAAAGCAAACAAAAAGAAAUGAAGAUGAAAAGCAUCUGGAUAUUCUAGGUCCUUUAAUAUUUGCCACUCCUGGUGAAAAAGUCCGGAUUAUCUUUAAAAAUAAAGCCUCAAGGCAGUAUUCUAUUUAUGCUCAUGGAGUAAAAACACAGAAUUUCACUGUUGUUCCAACACAGCCAGGAAAGAUCCGAACAUACAUUUGGCAGAUUCCUGAAAGAACUGGUCCUACCUCAAAGGACUUUGAAUGCAUACCUUGGUUUUACUAUUCCACUGUGAACCUGGUUAAGGAUCUUAACAGCGGGCUGGUAGGCCCUUUGAUAGUAUGUCGCAAAAACACCAAAGCCGACAUAGUUCACCGUGUUCUCCACUUCAUGAUUUUUAAUGAGAAUGAAUCCUGGUACUUGGACGAAAAUAUCAACACCUAUUCUCUAGAACCGAACCAAGUAGACCGAAAUGAUGAGGAUUUUGACUUGAGCAACCAAAUGCAUGCAAUUAAUGGAAGACUGUUUGGAAAUAACCAAGGUCUCACAUUUCAUGUUGGGGAUGAAGUGAAUUUCUAUCUGAUUGGCAUGGGGAGUGAAUUCGACCUGCACACAGUUCACUUCCAUGGCCACAGCUUUGACUAUACGGAUUCUGGACUGUAUCGCUCCGACGUUUAUGACCUUCCUCCUGGUGUCUAUAAAACUGUAAAAAUGUAUACAAGAGAUGUUGGAACCUGGUUAUUUCAUUGCCAUGUUAGUAGUCACAUUGAUGCUGGAAUGGAAAGCACUUACACUGUAAUGAAAUAAAAAGAUCUUCUUGAAACUUUCUUUUUGACAGCAAAAAUAUCUCCCUGAAGUCAGAAGUCCAGCUGCUGAGGAAAAAGCUCCAGGGAUGGAGUUCAAGAGGGCUGGCUGGAGACUUUGAUGGCAGUGUACCAGGAAAACUAGCUUGAAAUAAAAGUUUUGUUGGUAAA